UCCCAGGCACUCGAGAUCUCAGGACGAGAGCGUCUGACAAAACACGCCAUGUAGCAGGGGCUGCAGUUGGCAGCUGUAGCCAAGGCUGCGAGCAAGGCUCCCCACCUGGAGCGGGCGGCGGCCAGCUCUGUGGGAGGACGCGGGGACCGAGGGACCCGCAGGUCGGGGUCGCUGAUGCCGAGAGGAGUGCGAGGGCGGGGGAGGCGCGCACACGCCUGCGGCGGCCAAGGCUUAGGCUCCUGCCUCAGCCCCCUCUCCCGCCUCUCGCCCCAGAAAUGAGCUGGAGCGUCGCCGGUUUGAUUCCAGAGCCCGGAUCGGCCAGCAGAGCAGACUUCGGAAGCCGCGUUGUGAGGACUUAGCUGGGACCUGGAAGCGUAUCCUCCUGUGUUUUUUUUCUGACUCCUUGGAAAUUAAGGAAUGCAAUUCUGCCACCAUGAUGGAAGGACUGAAAAAACGUACAAGGAAGGCCUUUGGAAUACGGAAGAAAGAAAAAGACACUGACUCUACAGGCUCACCAGAUCGAGAUGGAAUGCAGGGGAAAAAAAAGGCCCAGAAGACUCAGCUUCUCCUCACCUCUUGCUUCUGGCUCAGAGCCCUCUCCUUAACUCUGUCUCAGCAGCCCAGCCCACACGAGCUACCCUACCAUAGCAAAGCAGAGUGUGCGCGUGAAGGAGGGAAGAAAGCUUCGAAGAAAAGCAACGGGGCACCAAAUGGAUUUUAUGCAGAAAUUGAUUGGGAAAGAUAUAACUCACCUGAGCUGGAUGAAGAAGGUUACAGCAUCAGACCUGAGGAACCAGGCUCUACCAAAGGAAAGCACUUUUAUUCUUCAAGUGAAUCUGAAGAGGAGGAAGAAUCGCACAAGAAGUUCAAUAUCAAGAUUAAACCCUUGCAGUCCAAGGACAUCCUUAAGAAUGCUGCAACAGUAGACGAGCUGAAGGCUUCCAUAGGCAACAUCGCACUUUCCCCAUCGCCUGUGGGUGCAAUUAAAAGGAACUUAUCCAGUGAAGAAGUCGCAAGACCCAGGCGUUCCACCCCAACUCCAGAACUUACAAGUAAGAAGCCUCUGGAUGACACUCUGGCCCUUGCUCCCCUCUUUGGUCCACCGUUAGAAUCUGCUUUUGAUGAACAGAAGACAGAAGUUCUUUUAGAUCAGCCUGAGAUAUGGGGUUCAGGCCAACCAGUUAACCCAAGCAUGGAGUCACCAAAGCUAGCAAGACCUUUUCCCACUGGAACACCUCCACCUCUGCCUCCAAAAACUGUACCAGCCACCCCGCCUCGGACAGGCUCCCCCUUAACAGUGGCAACAGGAAAUGACCAGGCAGCCACAGAGGCCAAAAUUGAGAAACUACCAUCCAUCAGUGACCUGGACAGCAUUUUUGGCCCAGUGUUGUCCCCCAAGUCUGUUGCUGUUAAUACUGAGGAGACGUGGGUCCAUUUCUCUGAUGCAUCCCCGGAACAUGUUACUCCAGAGUUGACUCCAAGGGAAAAGGUGGUGACCCCACCAGCUGCAUCAGACAUACCAGCUGACUCCCCAACUCCAGGCCCGCCUGGCCCCCCAGGCUCGGCAGGUCCCCCAGGGCCUCCUGGUCCUCGCAAUGUACCAUCUCCGCUCAAUUUAGAAGAAGUCCAGAAGAAAGUCGCUGAGCAGACCUUCAUUAAAGAUGAUUACUUAGAAACACUCUCAUCUCCUAAAGAGUGUGGGUUGGGACAGAGAGCAACUCCACCUCCCCCACCACCACCCACCUACAGGACUGUGGUCUCGUCCCCCGGACCUGGCUCGGGCAGUGGUGCAUCGUCCCCUGCUCGGCCAGCCACCCCCUUAGUUCCUUGCAGCAGCUCCACUCCGCCUCCACCUCCUCCCCGGCCUCCAUCCCGGCCUAAGCUACCUCCAGGAAAGCCUGGAGUUGGAGACGUGUCCAGACCUUUUAGCCCACCCAUACACUCCUCCAGCCCUCCUCCGAUAGCACCCUUAGCCCGGGCUGAAAGCACUUCUUCAAUAUCGUCAACCAAUUCCCUGAGCGCAGCCACCACUCCCACAGUUGUGUCAGAAGAUGAUGUUUUUUAUGACAAACUGCCCUCGUUUGAAAGGCGCUGUGACAUGCCUGCAGAGAAUGAACAGCCUUCCCUCGUUUGGUUUGACAGAGGAAAGUUUUAUUUGACUUUUGAAGGUUCUUCCAGGGGACCCAGUCCUCUAACUAUGGGGGCCCAGGACACCCUCCCGGUUGCAGCAGCAUUCACAGAAACUGUCAAUGCCUACUUCAAAGGAGCAGAUCCAAGCAAAUGCAUUGUUAAGAUCACGGGAGAAAUGGUGUUGUCCUUUCCUGCUGGCAUCACCAGACACUUUGCCAACAACCCCUCCCCAGCUGCUCUGACUUUUCGAGUGAUAAAUUCCAGCAGGUUAGAGCACGUCCUGCCAAACCCCCAGCUCCUCUGCAGCGAUAACACACAAAAUGAUGCCAAUACCAAGGAAUUCUGGGUAAACAUGCCAAAUUUGAUGACUCACCUGAAGAAGGUCUCUGAACAAAAACCCCAGGCUACAUAUUACAAUGUGGACAUGCUCAAGUAUCAGGUGUCAGCCCAGGGCAUUCAGUCCACACCUCUGAACUUGGCGGUGAACUGGCGCUGUGAGCCUUCCAGCACUGACCUGCGCAUAGAUUACAAAUACAACACGGAUGCCAUGUCCACCGCAGUGGCCCUUAACAAUGUGCAGUUCCUGGUCCCCAUUGAUGGAGGAGUGACCAAGCUCCAGGCUGUGCUUCCUCCAGCAGUCUGGAAUGCUGAACAACAAAGAAUAUUAUGGAAGAUUCCUGAUAUCUCCCAGAAGUCAGAAAAUGGAGGCGUAGGUUCUUUACUGGCAAGAUUUCAAUUAGCCGAAGGCCCAAGCAAACCUUCCCCACUGGUCGUGCAGUUCACGAGUGAAGGGAGCACUCUGUCUGGCUGCGACAUUGAGCUUGUUGGAGCAGGGUACCGGUUUUCACUCAUCAAGAAGAGGUUUGCUGCAGGAAAAUACUUGGCCGAUAACUAAUAAAAUGUCAUGCAAGGAUUUUGAAGAUCCAUGUCCUGGAGAACUGUUGUAUGAGAGACAUGUUUUAAUCUGGUUUGAGGAAAACAAACCGAUGUCUGUACGUGGGCUCUGUCAGCUGGAAGGCCCCGGCUUUCGGCAGUGAUUUCCCACACCCAGUACAAGGAGGAUCAGUUCUACAGUAUUUACUUCUAGGUGUACUAUUGUUAAUGGUUUUAAAAUGUAAUUAUUGUAUUUGUAAACUGUACCUUCAUUCCAGUAAGGCAGUUAGACACCUGAGUUUUAGCGUUUUUUUCCAUUCCUGAAACGGAUGUAAUUUAAACUGUGGUAUGUAAAUUUAAUAGUAGUACUGUCGAAUGGCACAAUGCUUACAGAGAUACAGUGCAUUUUGUCAAUAUAUAAAAUUUAAAUAUAAUGUUGAUAGUUACCAUAAAGGGGGUGCCACACAUCAAGAACCUUAAAUGGAACCAGAAACAAGCAAACAAAAACAAACAAACAAAAAAAAACCUUACUUUUCUUCACUCCUUACUACAUUUUCCUCUAGUGCUAAAGAAACUUCUAGCUUCGGUUUAGUGGGUUAAAUUCAGAAACUAUUUCAGAAAAAAAGAAUUCUGAAGUUACAGCAUAUUCAAAGAGAAGCAUUAAUUACCACUUUUUAAAAAGCUUUUUUUUCAAACCGCAAAUUUCAUAAAAAUGCAAACUGUGUAAACAGGGCCUCUUAUUUUUAUAACUUGUGUAAAAAGGGAAAAUCAAUUCAUAUUUAAAAUUUAAGUAUAUUAAAUUAUAUCCAAGAGUGAAGAGGAUGUUGAAAUCUUACCUGACCCCAUGCCCCUUCUUUGCAGUUUAGCAAAUGUUGAGAUUGCUAAAUCAUCAGAUUAAAGCCAACUUGAUUUUUAAAGUUUCAAGACUUUCUGAAGCUGAACUGGUUAAAACUUUUGCACAAUUGCUUGGAACGGAGGGGCAGCCUGGUCCAGCACAGGUACCUUGUUUCUUCCCUACUCACAAGAAUCAAAACAAUGAGAGUCAAGAACCACAGAGGGGGAAAAUUAGUUUCCUGGUCAGUCCAAAAGGAGAACUUUAAACUUAUCAUUUACGUCUUUGGGGAAGGAAGAAAUAAGCUUUAUAAAUGAAAUCCUAUUCACCUUGUUGUCCUAUGAAUGUUUUCGGGGUGACUUUAAGAUUCAUCAUAUACAUCUGCGAAUCUCUGCUAUUAUUGAGGAGUUGGAAGCAGAGCCAGGCCAGUGGCCUUGAAGUUCAGUAAAUGCCACAGUUCUGGGGCAAGGGUAGGGGUGAGGGUUCUGCCCCUCAGCACAGGAAUCAGAGCAGUGUCUUGUAAGGUCUAAAGAUUAAGUCUCCCAGUAAGCCACAAGUUAUUUUUAGAGAACAGAUCCUGCUCAAGGCCAUCCCAUUAAACAGCUGUAACAGAGUUGGGGAGUUUUGUCACUCGCUGCUGAAUUUCAUUUUGUAUCCACUCAAAUGGAGUCUUCAACUCUUUUCAACUUUAGAAUCAAAAUAAUUUUUUUUUACACAAGGUUUACUCUGUGUAACUGUCCUGGAUGUUCUGGAACUCUUUUUGUAGACCAGGCUGGCCUCGAACUCAGAGAGACCCACCUGCCUCUGCUCCCCAAGGGCUGGGAUUGAAGGCGUGUGCCACCAUGCCUGGCUCAGAUUAAAUUUUUUAAGUCUUACUUCAACAGUGAGAUUGUGAUUGGCAGUUGUUUCUAGGAGCUUUGUAGCUUAAUCUAUGUUCUCUUCAAUCAAUGCUUGCUACCAAAAGAAUAUCCAAAAUGAUCUAUUUUUCCUGGGAACAAUUCAUCUAUUUAAAAUAGGCUCUUGCCUAGUUCCCCAAAGCAGCCUGUCUUUGAAGGUUUUUUUGAACAACUAAUUUUUUCACAAAAAGUUUGGUUUUGAAAUCAAAAUAGAGAAAUAAAAUGUAAAUUUUAAAUCUAAUGGAACAUGAGGAAAUGAAAAAACUUAAGCCAAUGGAGAGUAAAAGCAGAAAAAAAUGAAACUUACCUAGAAUGUGAUUAUAUUAUGUUUUUAAGUAGUCAAUUCAUGGAAAAAUAUUGAAUAUUAACACAAAGCAUAUUAAAAAUAUGUAAAUAUUACUGUUUCUCAUGUCUUUCUCUUUAUAUCUUAUUUUAUAUAGUUUUAGAAUGAAUUGGUCAUUAAAUACAGUGUUUCUUUCCAAAGAAUAAUUUUGUUGAUAUUGUAAAAAUGUAAUUAAAGAUAGAGACUUGAAUAGUCUCUAACAUUAUCCAAAUGUUUCUAGGAACCAAAUUCAAAGCUAUGAAGAAGGUUUGCAAUCCCUUAAUUGGCUUUUGUGAAAUGGAAUGACGGUGGGUGAUCUCAAAAUUCAGACUUGAAUAAUCAGAGCUGAAGUGGGGAAUGGGUGGUUCCUUCUGGUUCAGAAAAUAGGUCAAAUAACAGCAUUUGCUCGCAUCAGGGAUGGAGAUGCCAGUGAGGUUUGGUUUUACUCUCGCAGGCUUUCGUCUCCUGGUGAAGGUGUAUCUGUAGCCCUGUGGGAUGAGAGUUCAUGUUCUGAGAUGCGGUCCUAGACAAGGCAGGCAAGGUUUCAGUCAUCAAUACCUAUCAGGUCAGGUUCCCUUUUGUUAGCUCAUAGCCAGAUGGUUUGCAGGACAGUGAGCUAAAUUAAGACAAGAUUCUGGUUAGCCAAAGAGCUCUUUCCUAAGCACUCUGAUUUUUUUUUUUUUAAGCUGAUAGAAAGUGUAAAUGUUCUAUUUUGGCGACAUGAAAAGUAUGUUUUCCUCUUCAAAUAAAUCCCUUAUUUUUAUGACAUUUUCAAAAAUAAAUUCUUGUUUAAAAUAGUCUGAAUGUUAUCAUAGUUGGAACUUGGCAAUUACUAAUUUGAAAUUCUAUGAGAUGUACCUCCAGCUAAAAUGGCAAUUCCCUGUAUGCUAUCUGGGGCUCAGUUUACCUCUAAGGAAGACUGUCAGAGUGCAAAUGGUUUUGAGUGAGGGGAAAGUCAAAGGGCAAAUGUUUGUGCUUUUUUCUUCUUCUGUCUUAUAUACUUCUUCUUGGUCUCAGACUGCAAAGUAUCAGAGCCAUAGUUACACACAUUUCCACUUUUAACGCUUCUUUUGAAGGAAGCAGAUCCACUUUUGCCCUGCCACUAAUGCCUGCUGUGCAGACUCAGAGGAGUCUCCGCCCUCUUCACGCCUUUGGGGUGAGAGGGGAGCCAUAAAUAGGUAGUUUUCAAGCUUUUCUUAAUGGGACUUUUUUUUUUUUCUAAUAAAAUCGUGCCUAGAAUCCUGUAAAGAGUGUUGCCAGGCUGUGAAAGGGCUUCUCCAGAUCAUGAAAUAUAGCAUCACAAUACGUAAAUGACUCCUGAUGGAUCUCCCAGCUCUGAAGACUUGCUCUUCUACUUGACAUGUGUAGCCACGACGAUCAGCCGGCACACAGUGCCAUUAGCUGUGGAGUGAGUGCUCCCCAUCUAUCAGUCAUGAAACGUGUCACUUCGCUCAACCUGUUUUUAAAAAAGCUCCAAAAUGGUAAACAUGCUUUUCAGUCUUUGUUUUCCCAAUAAUGGUUUUGAGGCCUAAGCUGAUUAACUUCCCCCAAAGUGAUACCACAGCUGGAAACGACCCCAAUGAUCCUGAAAAAUGGAAUGAGUACCUUGCCGUUUCAUUUGGUUCAUUUUGGGAAAAUAAUCCAUUUGAAUGUCAAGAUAAAAGGCACCAAGAGAAGUCCACGUUGGAAGGAUUAAAGAUGAGCCUGGUAAGAUGUUAUUGUAAAAAAAAAAAAAGCUGUCUCUUACUUGAAUGAAGUGUGGGACCCCUUGUUUCCAAACAGGAGUAGACUAAUGAUUUAAAUUGAGGUACCAUUUUAUUCUCAGAAUAUAGGCAGAUUGCAAAGUACCAACAAGUCUUUCUAAAUCUCUAGGGACGGAGCUUGGGAGUAUGUAUAUUCAUAAGCACCCAAAAGCUGAGCAUCGUGGCCCUGAUGGCUCUCUAGGACCGUCGUUACUGCUCACAUUAUGGCAGACUUAAGCGUUAAUUUCUAAGGUAAAUGCCAUUUUUCUAGUGUUCUCUCCCAAUUCAGUCUAAUUAAUAAUAGCUCCUUGCUUGGAAGGGACACCCAGACUGCAAGUCUGGAAAGCCGACUUUAUUUUGUAAACUCUUGGCUUUAUAAACAUAGAUUAGCCCCACUCCAAAAAGAACUUUACCAAUUUUUGCUUUGUUUUGCCUUUUCGCAAAGCGAUGUCAGGUUGGCAAUGAACGUUGAAUGAUAGUGAAAUACGCAAAUACACACUAGAGAGAUUAGAGAGCGAGUGGGUGAGCCAGUGAGAGAGUGUCUGUGUGUUAGAGCUUUCUCUUUCCCUGAAGAGGAUGCAUUUUGUGUAAGUCAGAUUAUAUAAGGAAGAGGGCGUGGCUAAAAAGAUUUUAGCUUUAAGGGGAUUUUUUGGCCAUUGGAAGCAAAUGGUUAUAGGCACUCACCAGUAUCUUUCAGUAAGUUUUAGUUCUAUUUUCUAAAGAACUCUUGACCCAACAUGGAAAUGGCUUUGGAUCUUUAAGAUCUGAACCUGUGAACAACACUUCAAGCCUCUGUUUGUUGAAGAGGUUCCAAAUUCUUGGAGUAAGUAACACUAGGAAGAAUUUUCAGUGAUAUUUGGCUAAACAGCGUCAAGAAAGCACAUCAUGUUAGAGCGAUGCUGAUAGUAUUUUUACAUACAUUUUGAAACUAUGAAAAUGUUUUAGUUAAGGCCAAGUGCAAUGCACUGGUUUCUCAGCAUAGAGUCAGAGUAACCCUGAGUUUUAUUUUUGACCUUUUUUGAAAAUCAUUUUUUACAUAAAAUCAAAUAUAAAAUGUUCCUUUAUUUAAAAUUUUUUUUGUACAAGACAGAAAUGACAUUUACGUUUUCUGAACAUAAUUCAACCUAUGAUCAGAGUCUGUGAAUUAUUAGCUGACAGACGCAGCUAUCCCUAAGUUUCCUACCUCACGGACUGAGUAUAUC